GUUAAUAGGCACUCAAAUCUCAUCAUUUCGUGACUACCAGUACAUACCAUGUCACUACCUCAAACUCCUCCUUCUCUUCCCCAAUACUUGCAGGAAAUUGAGCUCAGCCAAGAAACCAGAGACCUAAUAUCCAAGCUACCUACUGAGAAAGCUUUGAUUUCAGGUAAUUUGCAUCAGUACAAGGGCUUUUGGUUCCCCACUAGGUAUAUCCAAGGAGUUUUAGCCUCCCAAAAACACUUUCAAGCCCAAGAUACUGAUAUCCUUCUUGCUACUACUCCCAAAUCAGGCACCACUUGGCUCAAGGCAAUUCUGUUUGCCCUAGUAAACCGAGUGCACUAUCAUCCAGACCCUCAGAACCAAGACCACCCCUUGCUCACAAACAAUUCUCAUGCUCUUGUGCCCUCCUUCGAGUCUAAUCUGUACUUUAAGAAACAGAUUCCUGACCUCACCUCCUAUGCCCCUCCCAGGCUCUUUUCAGCUCACUUACCACUAGAGUCUCUGCCACAAUCUGUUAAAGAGUCUGCUUGCAAAGUCGUCUAUCUGUGUAGAAACCCCAAGGACAUAAUAGUUUCACUUUGGCACUACACAAACAGAUUGAGACACAGGAGUAUGGGAACCAAUUCACUUGAAGAAGUAUUCCAAUACUUCUGCAGGGGAGUGAGUCCAUUUGGACCUUUUUGGGAUCAUGUGUCGGGCUAUUGGAAGGGGAGCUUGGAAAGGCCUGAAACGGUGUUCUUCAUCAAAUAUGAGGAAAUGAAAGAACAACCUGGUCUGCACUUGAGGAGGCUAGCUGAGUUCUUAGGGUGCCCAUUCUCACCAGAAGAAGAGGCACAGGGAGUGGUGGACAAUAUCUUAAGGCUGUGUAGUUUUGAGAAUUUGAGCAAUUUGGAUGUGAACAAAACAGGGAAAUUAUCGAAAACAGGGGUGGAGCAUAGUGCAUUCUUUCGGCGAGGGGAGGCGGGAGACUGGAGGAAUUGUUUGACAGCUGAGAUGGUGGAACAGCUAGACCGUAUCACUGAAGAGAAGUUGCAAGGUUCUGGAUUAAAAUUCUAAGUUUGCUUAUGUGUGUUUAUUUACUUCUUAGUUGUUCGUGUUUGUGUGUGUAAUUUGACCUUCGUUAGUUCCAAUAUCAGUAUCCUAAAUCUCGAUCAUGAAAUAAAAUGUAUGAACAUACUUUGAACUUCGUUAGUUCCAACGUCAAUAUAUGAAUCUCAUGAAAUAAAAAGUACUGCCGAUUUGUUAUCCAACA